ACGUCAGUAGAUUGAGCCAGCCAUCGAGCCAUCUUUGUUCCGAAAGUCGUUUUCGGUAGCUAUUUUCAAGGGAUUGCUGGAACCUUAACUGGCAAUCUUCAAUAUGUCUACGGCAGAAUUACCUUGCUACACGUUAAUAAAUGUUCUUAGUGACUCGGAAGCACUAAGCGAGCAAAAACUCGCCGAAGAUUUGGAAAAGGGUGACCUCCGAAUCAAAACUGAGGCUUUGAAGAGAGUGAUUCAGCAGAUUUUAAAUGGAGAAAAAAUGCCGUCCCUGCUGAUGGUGAUUAUCAAGUUCCUCAUGCCUCUGGAUGAUCACACAAUCAAAAAGCUUCUUCUGAUUUUCUGGGAAAUUGUUCCCAAGACUGGGCAAGAUGGUAAACUGCUGCAAGAGAUGAUUCUGGUGUGUGAUGCUUACAGGAAGGAUCUUCAGCAUCCCAAUGAGUACAUCAGGGGAUCCACUUUGAGAUUUCUUUGCAAGCUCAAGGAAGCUGAGUUAUUGGAGCCUCUCAUGCCAGCCAUCAGAAACUGUUUGGAACAUCGCCACUCAUAUGUGCGGCGGAAUGCUGUGAUGGCAAUUUACACUAUCUACAGAAACUUUGAUUUCCUUAUUCCUGACGCCCCAGAACUGGUGCACACAUUUCUUGAACAAGAGCAAGAUGCGUCCUGUAAACGGAAUGCUUUUAUGAUGCUCAUCCAUGUGGACCAGGAACGAGCACUGGAAUACCUGAGCACCUGUAUAGAUCAGGUCAACACAUUUGGUGACAUACUGCAGUUGGUUAUUGUUGAGCUCAUCUACAAGGUGUGCCAUGCCAACCCAGCUGAGAGGUCGCGCUUCAUCCGAUGCAUCUACAACUUGUUAAAUUCAUCAUCACCUGCUGUUCGUUAUGAAGCUGCCGGUACAUUGGUGACUCUAUCAUCUGCACCCACAGCAGUCAAGUCUGCAGCAUCAUGUUACAUUGAGUUGAUUGUUAAAGAGAGUGACAACAAUGUGAAGCUGAUUGUGUUGGACAGGUUGAUCACUCUAAAGGACAACCCAAGUCAUGAGAAAGUUCUCAGGGAAUUGGUGAUGGAUAUUCUCCGUGUGCUUUCGUCUCCUGACCUUGAAGUGCGCAAGAAGACCUUGCAACUGGUGCUUGAUCUGGUUACUUCACGGAACAUUCAUGAGGUUGUAGCUGUAUUGAAGAAAGAAGUAACUAAAACCCACAAUGACAGUGAGCAGGAGGAAAUUGGUGGAUACAGACAGAUGCUUGUCCGAACCCUACACACAUGCAGUGUCAAGUUUCCUGAUGUUGCUGUAUCUAUUGUUCCACUGCUGAUGGAAUUCUUGGGUGACAGUAAUGAACAGGCAGCAUUUGAUGUGUUGGUGUUUGUGCGUGAGGCAGUGCAGCGCUUUGAGCAGUUGAAGCCUGUUAUCAUGGAGAAGUUGUUGGAAAAUUUCCACACUAUCAAGACUGUCAAGAUUCACCGUCAUGCCUUGUGGAUCAUGGGAGAAUAUGCCAACAGCAAGCAGGACAUCUUGGAUGUAACAGAGGAGAUCAAGAAGGGUUUAGGAGAUGUGCCCAUGGUGGAUGAUGAAAUGAGAAGAGCAGCAGGAGAUGUUCCUGAAGGUUCAGAGCAGACUCCGUCACAAAGUUCAGGAGGGCAGCGUCUAGUGACAGCUGAUGGGACAUACGCCACUCAGAGUGCCCUCAGUACCCCAGGGAUCACGUCUCUGGUGAAGAAGGAUGACGAAAAGAGGCCUCCUUUACGCCAGUAUCUGUUGGAUGGUGAAUUCUUUGUCGGAGCUGCCAUUGCUUGUACUCUAGCCAAACUUGCCUUGCGUUAUCUGGACAUGGAGGAAGACAAGGAGAAACAAAAUGUGUUUUGUGCAAACUGCAUGCUCAUCAUGGCCAGUAUCUUGCACCUCGGAAAGUCCGGACUACCCAAGAAGAUUAUUACAGAUGAUGAUGUGGAUCGCAUCUCACUGUGUGUACGUGUUGUGGCAGAGCGUGUUCCCCUCAUGAAGAACAUCUUCACUGUGGAGUGUCGCAAUUCCUUGUCUUCCAUGCUGGACGCCAACAAGAGGGGAGAGGAAGAGAAAAUGAACAAGGCUGAUAUAGAGAAGGCGCUGGCAAUCCAAGUGGAUGAUCCCAUUCCGUUCAUGCAGCUGUUGGCAAAGUCUGAUUCGGGAAUUACCGAGGAUCAGUUCGCGUUAGCUUUGUCUCAAGCGGUUGGUGCUGCUGGAAAGAAGGAAGAUGAACUGGUUGGGUCCAAACUCAACAAGGUGGCGCAGCUGACAGGUUUCUCUGACCCAGUCUAUGCCGAGGCGUAUGUGAACGUGAAUCAGUACGAUAUCGUGUUAGACUUGUUGAUUGUCAACCAGACCUCAGAUACUCUGCAGAAUGUGACACUUGAGCUGGCCACACUUGGAGACCUUAAACUUGUUGAAAAGCCACAGCCUAUAAUGCUGGGACCAAACGACUUCUCUAACAUCAAGGCCAAUGUGAAAGUGUCAUCGACAGAAAAUGGAAUCAUUUUCGGCAAUAUAGUGUAUGACGUAUCAGGCGGGUCAGGUGACCGCAACUGUGUUGUGUUGAAUGACAUCCAUAUCGACAUCAUGGACUACAUUGUACCAGCCUCGUGCACUGACUCGGAGUUCAGGCAAAUGUGGGCUGAGUUUGAAUGGGAAAAUAAGGUGACUGUUAACACCAAUAUCACCGACCUCCGUGAAUACCUGGAUCAUUUAAUUGCUUCUACAAACAUGAAGUGUUUGACGCCAGAAAAGGCUUUGGCCGGCGAGUGUGGUUUCAUGGCAGCUAAUCUGUACGCCCGCAGUAUCUUUGGAGAGGAUGCCUUGGCUAACGUGUCAAUCGAGAAACCCAGUGACCAAUCAGGACCCUCUGUCACUGGUCACGUGCGCAUCCGUGCAAAGAGUCAGGGAAUGGCACUCAGUUUAGGGGACAAGAUCAAUCUAUCGCAGAAGAAAGUCACCAAAUGAAGUGAAGUGAAUAAAGUCGUAAUACCAUAACAAAUUAAUCGCUAGUUCCUGCAGUGAUUUGCGUGCUUCUUGGAUGUCAUACCUCUAGCAUUUAUUUCUUGUUGUUCUCGGUCUCUAGAGGAUGAAGUUGUUUUUUUUCUAAAACUAAAGAUAUUUGUUAUGUUUGUUGCCAAAAUCGGAUACAAGGAACUAGUGGAACUACUACGGGGUUCAUUUGGUUUCACAUGUAAAGGUAUUCGCAUUUCACUGUAGCGAGUAGUGUAGUAAUAAUAGUUGAUCUGAUUGAGGAAUAAUAAAGUCAAUUGAAAUGAU